UGAAUAUAUACCAAAGAUCACAGACUGAGAGCAGCCAUCCCAAUCCCAGUGCUAUGAAAUGUUCCCUGUGGAAACUGAGCAUUACUAUUGUGACAAUGGUGUUCUCAAUUCUCUGUUUCAUUCAAGAGAACCCCUUUGAUACUACAAGUUUCCUGUCUCUGGAGGAAAAGAAAAUGGUAGCAUGGCAGAGAGCUCGGAUGCAAACCAGCCCUGGUAGAACAAACUACCUAGAAACCUUCAAAGAGAUGCAGAAAAACUCAGAGCUACUCAAAAGCAUGAAUGCCAGUAUUUUUCUUGGAGCCCCUCCUGUGACAAAAAAACUGCUGACCAUAGGGAUUUCCAUGGUGCCGCCUCCCCAAGACUACCACCUCGUGGACACCCUGCAGUCGCUCUUCUUUGCUUCCACCUCAUCUGAGCAGAAACACUUCAUUGUUCUGGUGCAUUUGGCAGGCCUUGACCCCACACGGCUUGAUCAAAUGACCUCCUCCCUUACAGUCUUCUUUGAACCAUAUCUCCAGGCCAGACAGCUGGUAGUGAUCAAUACUCCUCUUCAAAGCUACCUUCAGAAAAAUGGGACUGACACCCCUGCCCAUGUAGCUUUCUACUCUAAGCAAAACAUGGAUUAUGCCAUCCUCAUGAACUUUGCUACCAACCACUCUGAUUAUUUCCUAAUGAUCAAAGAUGCUGUGAAAUGCACCCCUGGAUUUGUCACCCACAUAGCCAGCACGGUGUCUGCCUUGAAAAAUAAGCUGUGGGUGACUCUGGAGUUCUCUCAGCUGGGCUUCACUGGGAAGCUCUUUCGUACUAAAGACCUGCCCCAAUUUGUUCAUUUCCUUCUCCUCUUCUACCAGGAAAUGACCUGUGACUGUCUUCUUGCCCACUUUCAUGACCUCGUGCAACAAGAGCCAAUCCAAUUCUUCCCUCCCCUCUUCCGGCCUAUUGGCAACUAUUCCUCCUUCAGUGGAAACUUUGGGAACCUCAAAGAGAAAGAGUUUGAGGAAAAUGGCACUAGUUCUCCCAGCAACCCUAAGGCCUCCAUCUACACUAACCUGAAGGUUGCCAACGGCUCUGCUGUCACAAGUGCCUACAGCUUGGAUAAGAACUUCUUUUCUGUCAGGGAGGCUGAAGUUGGCAGCCACCUGACUGUGGUGCUGGAUAUACCUGCAGAAAUAUUCCGAGUUCAAGUGCUGACUGGCUCCGACCUACGAGAGAAUCGGCUGGAAGAGGGCCAAGUAGAACUGGGCUAUGAUUCUACUAACCUGGUUACUGACUGUGAUGACUAUGUCCUGCUGGGGCUACUGGUAGAUGGCACCCUGAACAAAGAGGUGUUAUCUUGCAGGUCUGGGAAGAAAGUGAAGUGUGUACGGUUGCUGGUGACGGCCACUUCACCUUCUAAGGUAAUAAUCAGGAAUAUCAAUCUCUGGGUUAACUGAAGUUCAAGCAAUAAAUGGAGAGAACAUUGGGAAUUGGGGGAGUGCUCAGACAGAAGGUGAACAUCUUCAGAGAUUUAAGAAAACAUUAAAAUCUUAAAACUGGUCA